GAAUUCGAAUGUCCCGAGCCGUAGCGUCCUGCACCCAAGAUUCCCUCUGUCCCAAUAGAUUUUGGGCAGGCUCUGCUGUGUUACCUCCCAGCCUGGUCUUGCUCACUAUAAAGCUGGCCCGGAUCCCACGCGCACAUUCACUUCCUCCCAUCUUACCUUUUACUCCCUCGUCGUAUGAAUAUAUACCGUAACGAUGGUGGAGAAGGACACUUAUAACGUCGAUGAGUCGUACAACGGCGUCCAUCCUCAAUAUGUUGAUGAGAAUGGCAUUGAGUCCAAGCAAGGCCGCAUUACUGAAGCUGCCGCGCUGUACGGCGACAUCCAGACCGCAGAAGAAUUCGGCUAUGUGACCAGAGGAUUGAAAUCCAGACACAUCCAAUUCAUUGCCCUAGGAGGUACCAUUGGUACUGGUCUCUUCUUAGGUAUCGGCAGCGCCUUCACGCGUGCUGGUCCCCUUUCUGUACUUUUGGGGUACAGCUUCACCGGAAUCGCUGUUUUUGCCAUGAUGCAGUGUUUGGGUGAAAUGGCGACUUGGCUUCCUCUCCCAGGUUCCAUUCCCCAGUUCUGCGCUCGUUAUGUCGAUGAUGCUCUUGGAUUUGCCGUCGGUUGGAACAACUGGUAUGCUUCUGCCAUCACACUCUGUGCCGAAAUUUCUGCUGCUUCGAUCGUCAUAAACUAUUGGGAAGGAGCGCAACACAUCAACGUUGCGGUAUGGAUUUCGAUCAUUAUCGUCGUUGUGGUCUGCUUAAAUAUCUUCGCCAUCCAAAUAUAUGGUGAAGCAGAAUUCGUGUUUGCCAGUGUCAAGAUCAUUACUAUUGUUGGUCUUCUAAUCAUGGCAUUCAUUGUUGAUCUCGGUGGUGGACCAAACCACGAUCGGUUGGGUUUCCGUUAUUGGAAGCAUCCUGGUGCUAUGAAAGAGUACGACUCUACUGGGGCCACUGGCCGUUUCCUGGGUCUCUUCUCCGUCUUGGUGAACGCGGCUUUCUCUUAUGGCGGUGUCGAGCUGGUUGCUGUCGCAGCUGGUGAGGCCGAAAAUCCACGCAAGAACAUCCCCAAGGCAGUCCGCAGAGUCUUCUGGCGUAUUCUGUUCUUCUAUGUUCUUGGAUCUUUGGCCAUCGGUGUUCUUGUCGCAUCUGACGACCCACACUUGUUGAAGGCCCAGGAAACCGGUGCUGCAGGUGCCGCCCAAUCUCCAUGGGUCAUUGGCAUCCAAAAUGCUGGAAUUCCAGUUCUCCCAUCCAUCAUCAACGCUGUCAUCCUAACUUCGGCAUCAUCGUCUGCCAACGCCUUCUUGUACACCGGGUCCCGUUACCUCUUUGCUCUCGCACAGAACAGACAGGCGCCAAAGUUCCUUUUAAAGUGCAGCAAAGCUGGUGUCCCAUAUUGGUGUGUCUUCUUCACAGCCAUCAUUGCUGGUCUCACGUAUCUUUCCGUCGACUCGAACGGCGGCGCUGCUACUGCUUUCAACUGGUUCCAAAACUUGACCACCAUUGCAUCCCUCUUCACCUGGUGCUCGAUUUGCGUUGCUUACAUACAGUUCCACAAGGCAUUGAAGGCCCAAGGUGUUGACCGCAACACUCUUGUUUUCAAGUCCAAGUUCCAGCCGUACACCGCUUGGUUCGCCUUCACCUACUUCGCUAUCAUCAUCGUCUUCAACGGUUUUGAUGUUUUCGUUGGCGAGCACCACUCUCACUGGACCGUCACCAAUUUCCUCACUGCUUAUCUUGGCAUUCCCAUCUUCUUCGUCCUCUAUGGAUUCUGGAAGAUCUUCAAACGAACUCCUUGGAUCCACCCAGCUGAUGCGGAUAUCACGACUGGUAAAGCCGCUCUUGAUGCUGAGGACGGUCAAUGGCCAGAGCAAAUCCCACGUAAUAUCUUCGAGAGAAUCUGGUUCUGGAUUGCAUAGAUUGGCGAAGUGAUCUCGUUGUAUUCUGCUGCAUCUUUGGUGUCCGUAUCAAACAAACUGGCGAUAAUUUUGGUGAUAAUUUGAGAUGUAAAUGAUAUCCCCAAUGAUGAAUGAAGAUUUUGAAUCUUGUUGAAAU